AUGGGCGCUUCUAAAAUCCCCCAAGAAAACAUUGACAAUAUCUUGGAUCGAAUUUUACCAUCUAUAAGUCACCACAUCAUCACACAGUCGGCAGCUUCAACCAAGCGUCCCUUCAUACUUGCUCUCACAGGCCUCCAAGGCAGUGGCAAGUCCACAUGGACCGACGCGCUUGCGAACACUCUCCGCAAUAAAUACAACUACAACACGAUCAAUAUCUCCUUAGAUGAUCUAUAUCUGGACCACGAUGAUCUGGUCACACUUCGAGAGACCAAUCCAGGAAAUAAACUUCUACAAGCUCGUGGACAGCCUGGAACACACGACACGGCUUUGUCCGUGUCAUUUUUCGAAGGGUUGAGAAACUCAGGAGAGACACCGAUUCCAGCUUUCGACAAGAGUCUGUUCAAUGGGGAGGGUGGGAGAGUCCCAUCACACCAAUGGAAGUCAGUCGCCACAUCCGGCAUUGACAUUGUUAUCUUCGAGGGAUGGUGUGUUGGAUUCCAGCCUCUCACCGAAGAACAAGUUCGAUUGAGGUGGAGUGGAGGCUGUGGAGCAGGUGAUGGUGGUAACGAGGCGAGUGGGGCGACGUACCCGACAAAUACCCUGAAAGAUCAUGCGAUUGAGCAUCUUCUGGGUGUCAAUCGGAGCCUCCAGUACUAUUGCGAAACGUUUAUGGGGUCGCGACAUUUUGACUACCUCGUUCAUUUGGAUACAGAUGACCUGAUCAACGUCUAUGAGUGGCGUAUCCAGCAAGAACAUGCCCUUCGCCAGAUUAAAGGAGGUGGCAUGACUGAUAAGCAGGUUGUGGAAUUUGUCAAGGGCUAUAUGCCUGCAUAUGAGCUGUAUUUGGAUCAAUUGCGAGGGGGAGUAUUUGUUUGCGAGAAAUUCAAGGGACAGUUGCGCGUGGUUUUGGAUCAGAGGAGGCAAAUAGUUGCCAUAGAUACUGUCUGA